AUGAGUAAAGCCGGUUCAUUGCCGAGAUUCGUAGAUGAAUAUGAAGAUGACGAGGAGGUUGAACUCGUAGAUGAACCGGAUUGUGGAAAAAACUUGCGCAGUUUCCUCAUUCGCUUGACGAUUUCCCUGUUUCUGAUCGCGUGUGUCUCCGGAGCUGUGAUAUGGUCUUUUGUUAAUGGUGAGAGUGGAACCGGUGGUGGAACUGAGCAUCAUCGUGAUGCUUCCAAAAACUUCUCGAUCUUCAUUGAUCAGUAUUCUAAGAAAGAAGGAUUAUACAUAACUACAUACCGACUACCGGAAGGAUCGAGUGAUCAGGAGCCAAAACAAGAAGAAUAUCAAUCGUUCUGGUUCCAAAGCGAUACCAAUAAGACACUUGUUCAUCAAAUCACGCCGACAGUCACCAUCUACGCAUUCGAGCACCAUUCAUACUGGUAUGAUACUUCUGCUGCCAAACCGAAAUGCACAUUCGACCCAAACAUGAAUUAUUUGACAUACAUCAAAAAUCUGGGAAUGACCAAUUUGGAAAGACAUCAUUCGGAAUAUGAAGAAACACAUAAUGGAGAGAAAGUAUUUGUGUAUCAAGGAAAUCCAAAUGAAGUUUUGUUGACAAACGUGAAUCAAACUGCAUUCUUGGUGACAGCUUAUGCAGAUGCUACAACUGGAGCUCUACUCGCCUGGGACACCUAUUUCACAUCUGAAACGGAUAGCAGUGAGAUGGUUUUCAAGGCUUCUUACGAGUACCCAAACAUGACACCAGCGAAGCCAGAUCCAUCCUAUUUUGUAACUCCCACUGAAUGCUCCCCAUAG